GCCGGCCUUCGGCCCCUGCUGUCCCUCGCUGGGGACGGGCCGGCGGCUCCCGCCGCGCCCCCCCCCCCCCCCCCCCCCCCCCCCCGCCCCAAGCCGCCCGUAGCCCCGCGGGAGGAUGUCGGAGGAUCACGAGAUGGACAAGAUGAUCAAGGAGACCUCCAUUUUAGAGGAGUACAACAUUAAUUGGACUCAGAAGCUGGGAGCUGGGAUCAGUGGUCCUGUUAGAGUCUGCGUGAAAAAAUCCUCUCAAGAACGCUUUGCACUGAAAAUUCUUCUUGAUCGUCCAAAAGCUAGAAAUGAGGUACGUCUGCACAUGAUGUGUGCAACACAUCCAAAUAUUGUUCAAAUUAUUGAAGUUUAUGCUAACAGUGUGCAGUUCCCACAUGAAUCCAGCCCAAGGGCUCGGCUCCUAAUUGUAAUGGAGAUGAUGGAAGGGGGAGAGCUAUUUCACAGAAUCAGCCAGCACCGGCACUUUACUGAGAAGCAAGCAAGCCAAGUAACAAAGCAGAUAGCUUUGGCUUUGCAGCAUUGCCACUCACUAAACAUUGCACAUAGAGACCUCAAGCCUGAGAAUCUCCUCUUCAAGGAUAACUCUCUGGAUGCACCUGUUAAAUUGUGUGACUUUGGAUUUGCCAAAGUAGACCAAGGUGACUUGAUGACACCACAGUUCACUCCAUAUUACGUAGCACCUCAGGUAUUGGAGGCACAAAGACGGCAUCAGAAAGAAAAAUCUGGUAUUAUCCCCACCUCUCCAACACCUUACACUUAUAACAAGAGCUGUGACUUGUGGUCCCUGGGUGUCAUUAUUUACGUGAUGCUGUGUGGAUACCCUCCGUUUUACUCCAAACACCACAGUCGGACAAUUCCAAAGGACAUGCGGAAAAAGAUCAUGACAGGAAGUUUUGAAUUUCCAGAGGAAGAGUGGAGCCAGAUCUCAGAAAUGGCGAAAGACAUUGUGCGAAAGCUGCUGAAGGUCAAACCUGAGGAACGGCUGACCAUUGAAGGUGUGCUGGACCAUCCCUGGCUCAAUUCCACCGAAGCACUUGAUAACAUCCUACCCUCUGCCCAGCUGAUGAUGGACAAGGCAAUGGUUGCAGGGAUACAACAGGCUCAUGCAGAACAGCUUGCAAACAUGAGAAUCCAAGACCUCAAAGUCAGUCUCAAACCCCUUCACUCUGUCAACAACCCAAUCCUGCGCAAAAGGAAAUUACUGGGCACUAAGCCAAAGGAUGGUGUCUAUAUCCAUGACCCUGAGAAUGGAAGUAACGAUUCCAACGUGGCUCUGGAAAAGCUCAGAGAUGUGAUUGCUCAGUGCAUUCUACCACAGGCUGGUAAAGGAGAGAAUGAAGAUGAGAAGCUGAAUGAAGUGAUGCAGGAGGCGUGGAAGUAUAAUCGAGAGUGUAAGUUGCUGCGAGACACUCUUCAGAGCUUCAGCUGGAAUGGCAGAGGAUUCACAGAUAAAGUGGAUCGACUAAAACUGGCAGAAAUAGUAAAACAAGUUAUCGAAGAGCAGACAAACUCCCAUGACUCUCAAUAGCUGGAGCUUCUUAAUCUUAUUUUUUUUACCAUUUAAGAUUUAUUCUUUAACUGUAAAAAGUAUUUUUAUGUAAAUUAAUAAAUCAUAAUUAUUUCAUUAAAUUUCCAUACUGCUUGAAAAUGCUGUAUAGUUGUAGAUACAAAAAAAUCAUUGGUACUGUAAUAUUUUUUUAAAACUCAGUUCCUUGAGGUAUAUAUGAUCACUUAUGUACUGUUAAUCAUGAGUCCCCCAGACAGGGCAAAUUAUAUUGUUAAAGACCAUUCUUUUUCUUAAUAACCAGUUGCAGAAGCUGCCUUCCAUCUGCUAUACAUACAGCCAGCUGCAAUGACUAUGUAUGUGAACAAGACAGCCACAGUUUCUCAACACCCUGCUCAGUAAGUACUUGAAGCAAGUGCUGUGAAACACAAACUUCAUAGCUACCCUUUGCACCUAAAUUCUGAGUCUUUAUGUAGAGGCAACUAAAUAGCCUUCUGUUUCGCUAGAUGACCCAAGAGCCAUGCUUGGCCUUGCCAAGGGCACCUGAGUCCAUAUGCUUGCUGUAUUUUUCAGUUCUGAUCAGUAGCCCUCUUUUUUUUCUUCUUCCUGUCUUCCUUGGACCUUCUUUAAGGCUUAGCCCCAUUUUUUUUUUUUUCUUCCUUCUUCCCCAUCUUUCUCAGACCUUUUUUAAGGCUGAAUGGGCCAUUCAACAUAAGACUCCUCUUCUUAUCAUAUUGUUCAACAGCAGAAUAGAAGAAUGUUCUAGUUACUUAUGUACAAGUUAUUUUUAUUUUCAUGGUGGGAUCUUCUACGGACAAAAGUAAGUGGGGUUCAUUUGCUUCAUCCCCACCUCAGAAGUUGUGUGUGUUCCACCCAUGUACUUCAUUCUUUCCUUUCUAGAAGAUCCAACACUUGGUGUCAAACUUGUCCUCUUGUUUGAAAGAGAUCAUCCUGGCAAGGGUCAUAGUGCUGCUGUGUGAAUCCACCGGUGAUCCUUCUCUUGUGUCACCCUUUGGAGUCCAAGCUCCCCAUCUCUUUGAUGCCUUCGAGCUCCUCCUGGGGGAGCAACAGAUGCAGGGCUGCUCCUUGACACACGUCCUUAUGCUGCCUGGACCAUGAGGCUGCCCAGGGCAGAUUCUUACACUAGUCUGGAACAUUGGCUCCAAAAGCUGCUUUUUUAAUCUUAAUUAAACAAACAAAUGAAAAGAAUCUGUACAUAUUUCUAGUUUUCUACCUUCUGAUGCUUUUCUUUCUUUUGAGACCAGUCGAAGGCUUUUUAUAGAGAUAUUUUGGUACUAAACCUGUGCAGACGUUGAAUGAGUUUGGUCUGCAGACUGAAGUGCCAAUUCAGGGCUAUUAGUAAUGACUCUUGAACAUCAUUGUUAUAUUUCAUAGCUCAUUAAUUUUGGGUUUACAUUUACAAACCUGAGCCAUGAAUCUCCCAAUUUACUCUUACGGCAGUCCAGCCUUGUUCUUUUUUGUCUCUUUUCUAUACCAGACUUCCUUGCAACCUUUAGCUUGGAUGGCAAACCCAGUGUCUGACUCUUUCUAUAAAAUUUUGUAAACAGUGACUUAGUUUUUCUACAUGAAGGAGAUACUUCAUUUCCCAUUCUUCGUCAGCACCUUGUCAGCUUUCUUUUAAUCCUGUUGACAGUUUUCCAAUGCCUGAUUUAUUGCAGAGUAAGAACUACAGUCCCUACUUAACCAUCACUUUCUCUGAUGGAAACAGGGAGGUUUUGUGUAAGCCAGAAUUGUACCUCUGACACUACAUGGAAUAUUUGUGCACUGACAGGUAUCGAUGACAACUGUAGAGAAUUCGCAAGCGAUGAGAGUAUUUGUCAUUUCUUGGUGGUAUCAGCAAGUUUGCAGGCCCUAUUAUGUGCAUUUCUGUCCUUGCCCUAAAUUCUAGGUCAUGUCAACAUCCACACAGUCUUUAAACGUAAUAGAUCAUUUCCUUUUUAACUUGAAAUCCAUGGUUUUUUCUGUGAAAUCUCAUUGUACUGAAACUUCUAAGUAUGGCAAAUAGAGAAAUAAACAAGGAAAUCACCUUUGUUUGAAUGGGAGUGCAAAAAAUUCCCUACAGAAGCACUUUGCAACUCUCCCCUCCGAGGAGGAAAAUACUCGGGCAGUUUCUUGGGAGCCAGAAGUUGUUAGCAGAAAAAUGGAUCAAACUGUAGCAACUCUUUAUGGUCAAUGCACAGUGCAGCCAGCAGAGACUACUGCCACGCCACAGCCCGAUACCAUCCAAGCACGUUGUGAGCAAGACUGGGUGUAACACACUGGGACCUAUUUUUUCUCCGUCAGGUUCUCUAGUGUUAAAGAUGACAGUGGCAAGGCUUGUAUGCUGUUGUGUAAUGGUCUGUAGGAAAUGGCUUCAGCCUGUUUCUGCAGUACCGGUGUGUGUUUGGUAUAGUGGGCAGCACCUUGGGGUGUGAGAGCAACUGCUGCUUGCCGACAUCCAAGGCAGCUCAGAAAUGAACAGAGAAGAUAGGAUCUGACUGUGUAUUAGAGGGUCCCUCCUCUCUUCAUGGUCCCUUAACUUACACAACAGAAUAAUUUCAAGCUGCUCAUAGUGAGGUGGGUACGUUUGCGACUGACUGUGAAGUGUGUUUUGGUAUCUGGAGGGAAGCCAAAUUUCUAAGGGCUUUUGUGAUAAGGAACUGCUUUUUAUGGAUUUACUAUAGAUUUUAUUGUCUGUGAUAAAUAAGAAUGGCCUGAUGUAAAAUGGAGGUAGGAAGGGACAGAUUAAGAAAACACAAUUUGAAGAUUCAAGGUCAAAUGGUUUUAUUUCCAUGAGAGAGUUAAUUUUUUUCCUCUUUAAAAAGUUAUGGUUUAGAUUUCAAAAUUAAAUACACUUUAAUGGAUUAAUUUACAUAUUUUAAAGUAGUAUUUUACUUUCUCCUUCCUGUGUUUUUAUAUUUUUCAGUUGACAUAAAUGCAAGAUGAUACCUUGUCUUGAUUAUGGAAGGUUUUACUUGGUAAUAAAUCUACUGAUCCUUUUUAGCAGACUGUGAAUAUUGUAAAUAUCUUGAGGUGGAAGGGUUGUGUGGGAUCAAAGAAGACAUUCUUUGUACAAACACUAAAAGGAUAUGGGAAAGCUCUGUAGGUUUUUUGUUUUUAGAAUUUUAUUUAAGAGAAAAAUCUGAAAUCAUUUGACCUUUUCAAAAUUUUAUGUAUAUCUGACUUCUCCUGUGACUUGAUUAUUUUAAAAUAUAUAUAUAUAUAUAUAUAUAAAUAUAAAAGUUAGAAGAACUUGACUAGGCAAAAGAGUUUUCGAUUGGAAAUAGCAACAUGUCAGAGUUUUGCUGUCAUUACUUCAGGUUUUUCUUUUGGAAAUCUGAGUCUGUCCUCAUAUGCCAUGUUUAACUUCUGUGUAUUAAAAUGUUUCCAUUUCUCCUUUUCAGUGUUACCUGUAAUAUGUUAGUUUAUUUUGGAUCAGUAUUAUAUUGUAAAUAUUAUGCAUUGGUGUAUAUAAAUGAUUUUACUAAA